AGCAGACUCACCCCCUCCUCCCAUCAGUAAAUCCGCGUCGCGUCAGGGCCCAGGCGGACAGCGUGCUGCAGGCCUCUCGAUCCUUCUGCUUCGUAUACCACCCUGUGGCUUCGCAUACUCCCCUGCUGCCAGCCAAGGACGCGGCCGCUUCAUGUGUGCGACGUGACAACUGCAACAUCGACGCCGAUCGAAUAUAACCCGAUAAUGGAAUACUUUCUGAAUUCGACUGCUCUCAAGCCCGUCUCCCCCAGCUCGACUGACUGCGACAUGCCGCGCUGCAAUGAUGGACGGCAUCAGCAACGCGAAUUAUGAGGACCGCCGCAAGUUGCAGAACAGACUGGCGCAGCGCCGCUAUCGAGAGAAGCUGAAACAGCAGAACGCGCCUGCAGCCUAUGAUGCCGGAGCGUCGCUCGACAAGACAGACACGAGCGAGCUAGGCGACUUCUUCGGCGGCUUAGACCACGCCGAGCUAUUUAGCGACCCCUCCGAGAUGCUUGGCGACCAUGACUUUGGUAACAACCUCGACGAUCACCGCGCCUUGUUUGCAUUCGGUAUAGAACAGCAGGUCCAAAACAGGUACCACGACAUGCCGCCGACCCGCCAACGAUCAUUACCUCAGUCACGACAGCCAGGGCAGUCACUGCCGACCCCGCCAGCACCGCAACAAGAAGCACAGCAUCAACUACACCUGAUGCUGGCCUCGCCACAUAUGGCCUUGCCAGGCGACAUUUCUGUGCCAGACAAGACACGAGGACACGCCGCUCUCGUCAGCCCGGCUCGCACUCGUCGGAUUAGCCGAUCAUCUAGCGUGGCUGACUGCAGCUACUGGCACCCACCAGAACAUCGCUCCGCAGGGUCCUCGUCCUCGUCCUCCUCGUCCACCAACAUCCCGUCAUACAAGAGACGCCUGCACGACAAGGCGCGGGGUGCGUUUGGCGACCUGGCGCAGCUGUACACGUACUCGGUCGACGUGGGCCUGCUGCGGUCGGACCCGUGCUUCCUCCCGGACAUGAGACACAUGCAGAGCCGCUUCGUUGCGCUGAUGGACGAGGAAGAUGCCGAGAGGGAUGACCUGGGACUACAUGGCCGUCCCCACAGAGAUGCCGGCUUCGAUGAUCCGCGGGAUUGACACGGGGCGGCUCGCGAAGCUUGAGUACGCCAAAAUACGCUAAGCACAUGUAUGUAAGCGUACGCUAAGUGGGGUUGGGCCGGGGUUCGGGAGGAUAGUGGGGCCAUCCCAAAGCAUUAGUCAUCCUGGUGGGGCCUGGCCUAGCUGGCCGUUGUCCCUGUGAGGGAUCUCGGGACUCUAGAAAUAUCUUGUAACAUGUGAGAUUGAAUGAUGGUCAUUG